GCCCACUUGCCUGGCUUCACCUUUUGAUUGCCUUCAGCUACCUUCUUUCCCCCUCCAACAACCAAAUCAGAAGAUCGUGGGCUUUCCCUUUCCUUCCCGCGGCCUUCCUCUUCCAAGCUCAUCGUUCCCUACAGCGGGUUAUUUCGCUGAAGCCUAUUUUUCUUUUUCCCACGAGGCUAUUUCCAUUUGCCUGACCUCGAGACCGUUUCUAUCGCAACGCCGAGCAACCGAGGAGAGACAACCACGAAAAUCGACAAUUUUCCGGCUCGCAGACGCAAGACCUGUCACGUGUGUCUCUCAAGCUGACAUCCGCAGGGUCUGACUUUGCUUCAUUCUUGGAUCGCGCGCAGACCUCAGCUAUCUCACCACCUUCCGCGUUGGUCGCAAGAGCACGACGAGUCCUUCCUUCUGAAUUCACCACCACCACUGCUGAAGCUCCUUCGCCUGUCGCGCCGCGAGUCACUCAACGCAAACCAUCGAGCUACCUUGCGCUUGUCCGAUCUCGAUCACCCUCACGAUAUGCCUCGACGGGCUCGAUCACUGCAGUAAAAUGGAGUCACAACCGGUCGAGGAUAUCCUCGAGCAGAGCUAUCGGAAGUUUACUCAAAUUCCUCCCGACUUCCACCUUCUCUGUCCCAAGGUUGACGAGGAUGAUUUUGAGGACUACGACGAUCUGAAUACUGAUGGCGAAGAUAUCACAGCUCUAGAGAAGAAGGAGAGGGUAGAAAAAUGGAAGGAGCGGCUCGACAUCGCCUACUGGACUAGUCUUCUCCUUGCCUAUGGCAAAGAUAAGGCUGGUGUUUGGCUCGACGCCUGGGGCAGCCGGAUGGCUAUUAACCUCCACAACUGCGACAAGUGCGUCCUCAACUGGCACAUGUAUCGCAAGAAGUAUCUUCAGGUCUUUUCCGAGAAAUGGCCAGAGGAAGCCGUCGCCGGCAUCGAGAACUGCCUCCACCGCUUCGAUUUCGACCGAAUCGACAAAGGUCUUCAAUGGGCCAAGGACAUCAUAUUGAAGGUUGAGAAUGAGGGCCGCGCCUUUGCGAGAAGCGACUUGGGCGAGGAACAGGGCGCAGUUUUGCUCACUGUUUACGAGGCUCUAUGCUGUAUGGCAUACGUCAGCGUGCCGGAGAAAAGAACUUUGUUCCAGUUCGUCUUCGUCCGCCUCUCUGGCAAGAAGCCACUGAAGCUGGGUGAAAACGUCCUGCUCCCUGCCAUGACCCAGUUCCUCUUUGGAGAAGACAAGGUCCGCCUCCAAUUCGCUGAAAAGUCAUGGGAGCGCCUGCGGCCAAAGUCAUUGACACAGGAGCAAUUCAACUGGGCUAUCCACGACAACUUGGUGGUAGCCAUUCAGUCAGUUUCAGCACUCAACCCUAGGGAUCCCGCAUCCCUCCCGGAGAUCGAGCGUUUCUGGAAAGCUGUCAACUGGAUCAUCAAGACCUUGGACGAGAAGCUCUUGUUGCACGGAAUUCGGGGUAUGGAGAUCAAGCCGAGCAUCUACGACUUGCUCUUCGUUCAUAUGCAGUGCGAGUCGGAGGCGAUCCUGCUGCUCAUCAUUCAAGCGUUGACUGUCCUGCUCGAGACGUCACCACAGGCUUUCUGGGAUACCAUCGGUGACGCAAGACCAUUCGUCGUCAUUGAACAGCUCCUCUCCCAGCCUUUGUUCAAGCAGCUUCUUGCGCAAUCUUUGACCUUCGCCAUCAAGUAUGACGAUGGCACGGGCAAAAACGACUCGGUCGAGUCAAUCACAACCUCAUGGAUCAACACAUGGAUUGCUUCACUCAAACGUCAGCAAAAGGGCGAUGCUUGCGAACAGCUGCUUCACCUGCUUUUCGAGCAAGUCAUCCACGACGCCAGAAUCGGCGAGCAAGGAAAGGCCGCUUGUAUCAGGGCUGGCUUAGAUGCUCUAGACCAUGUCCUGCGGUCAUUUCUGGACCCUACGAUUGAUGUCAUCUCAGGCACCACAUCUGUCUACAUCAACACAAUUCUCAACGUCACUCUUAAGUACAAAGAUAUCAUCAACGAAGGAGCGGACACUAGAAGCGCGGAUCAACACACACUGGGGGUACCCAAGGCAGCCAUGAGCGUCAUUAGUGCCGCCUUGAGCUUGGACUCUAGAGUAACUGCUGAGGAGCAUCUCGAACUUCGCAAGGCUACGCCCAAGCCGAUCCAGACUGCCGUCACCCGCAAAUCGGCAGACUUGUGGGACGGAUUCCUGGAGAACCUUUACGAAGGCAAGCUCAUCCUAGCCAAGACCAUGCUUAUGGCAAUGGCUCCUCUGAUCAACGUUGAGAGAUUCCAUCCUAAUAGGAAGGAACCUGAAAAGUUGGAUCCGGCGAAGAAGAGCUUCAAUAGCCGUUUUCAAAUGGUUGCGGAGGCACUCGGACGCGUUCUGCAGCGAAUGUGCGAGUUUACAUCACCGCAACUCAACGAGCUGUGCCUCAUGGCCCAGAGCAUUCGGCCCAUCAUUGCUUUCACAGUCCACGGCGAGGACGAAAUCAGCAGUGCCAGUGCCGAACUUAUCAAGUUGAUUACCGAACAGCCUUCCAAGGCGGACGCACUUACCGUUUUACUUGAACGGAAUCUUAGCACCACUCUCUCUUCAAUGAUUUUCGCAAUAAGAAGAAUCAUGGAGCCGGCACAUGCAGCAUGGGGACCCGCUCGCAAUAUCAUCAACACCGCCAAAGUCGUGCUCUCAGCUCUCGGUGAUCUUUCAUCUGGCAUCCUCAGAUCCAAAACUUUGGACAGCAAUGAACAGAUCGCCGUGACUGGCUGGUGGGUUGCUCAUUGGAGAUAUAUCGAGGUCGCGUUCACAUCUACCGGCAACUGGUCUCAUCUUGCCGAUAUCAAAGUGAUGCAGGACUUUUGUCGCGAUGUCAUCGAGUUGGCAGACGGCAUGCUUGCCCAAGAUGGUCUAUUUGCAUCGGCGCUGCAAGCUACUACCUCGCAGAACGAUGCGAAGCAGGCAAAGCCGCAAGAGGAAGAACUGACCAAGAUGCAACAGCUUCUGAAGGAUCCUCAGCGUCAUCUCUUUGGCAUUGUCAGGAUGCUUCGCCUGAGGGAUACCUACCUGGUUGAAGUCACGGUCAAGGUUGUGGCCAAGUUACUGACGAGACUGCGUGAGAAUUCAAUCGACAUCCCCAGCGACUCUAAGAAUUACGUCCAAGACUCCUGCGUCAAGUUAUCGACAACCGCCCGCUACCCAGUCACUACCAACAUGAACGACCAACAGCGUGCCGAGCUUCUGAAAGCUCUGGGUGAAGAUGAUGACAUUGAAAUCAUCCAGAUCCAGCCGGUUUCUAAGGAGAAGCCAAAGAAGCAGAGUUUCCUCGAUGCCUGGUCCAAGUCUGGUUCUGCGACACCAACGUCCCAGGCCGUUCGGUCAAACAAGGACGACGUUCUCGAACUCAGCAGUUCCGUCGACAAGAAAAGAUCAAUCUUGGACCAGAUGGCCGCUCGUCAGAAAGCGUCGCCAGCCAUUCCCCGCAUGGCCGUCAAGCCCAAGCUUGAGCCAGUGGUCACUCAAGCAUCGAAGAACGCCCUGAUUGAGUCGCGCAAGAAAGCCAAAUUGGAGAAAGCUAAGAGAGACGCCGAUGAGGUUGCGAGAGUUCGCGCUCUCCGGGGAGCCGCCAACGUGGGUGAGGGCUCGGGGCUAAAGGGACUUAGUGGUGUAGUUGGCAAAGAACACACAACGCAGAAGAGUCAAAUCCUGGUCGACAGCGACGAGGAAGAAGAUGAUGAUUCUGGAGAUGAGGAUCUCAACAACCUCAUCAAUAAGGGACAACAAGGCCAAAAGGCAGUUGAUGAAGCUCAAAGACGUCGCGAACGGGCACUGCUCGAAAAGACGCGAGGCCCAGUCAAGAAGGUAAAGGUACAACGCUCUGCCAAGGAUAUGCGUGCGCGUUUGAUCCCCCCGAUGGACCAACUUCAUCAAGCCAUCCUGGAAUGGGACAUAUUCCACGAGGGCAAUGAUCCGCCCUCGACGUCGUCCUCAAUGGCGAUUACACGGGUUGCAAGCUCGUAUGCUCACCCUCAGGAGUAUAAGCAGACCUUUUUGGGUCUCCUGAUUUCUGAAGCCUGGCGAUCUUUUGUGACUGCCAAAGAUGAGUCGACGUCUAAGCCGUACGGACUCAAGAUCGCGUCUCGUAUGAAUGUUGAUAAAUUCCUUGAAGUGACUGCCAGCAUUCCCAAGAUUGAGAGCAAGGAAAGGCUGCUAUCAGAGGGUGACAUUAUUCUGGUGUCAAAGAGCACCGAUCCUCUGUCGGAUAAGUCUGAAGCCCAUGCUUUGGCAAGAAUUUGGAAAACCACGUACAAGAAGGAAAGGCUGGAAGUGACAUACCGCUUGAAUAGCAAGAAUAACCCCUUGCUUGCCAUCAAUGCCCUCGGUGUUGGCGCUGAACUCCAAGCCGUCAAAAUCACCAACAUGACGACUAUUGAGCGAGAGUAUGCAGCCCUUGAGAGUCUGCAGUACUACGAUCUCAUGCUCGAGGUCCUCAAAGCCGAGCCAUCGCCCAUUCUGAAGUACGGCGACGAGGCUGUCAAGGGCGUCAUGCAAAAUUACCAGCUCAACCCUGGUCAGGCCAAAGCCAUUCUCGGUGCUAAGGACAACGAUGGCUUCACCUUGAUUCAAGGACCUCCCGGUACGGGUAAGACGAAGACAAUUGUGGCCAUGGUCGGCUCGCUGCUCACGGGCAACAUCCAACCCCCUGGAACGGCUAUCAAGCCCAAGCUUCCUACCCAGGGCCAAGCCGCCAUGCCGAAGAAGCUUCUGGUAUGCGCUCCCAGUAACGCCGCUGUAGACGAGCUGGUGUUGCGUCUGAAGCAGGGCGUCAAGACGAUGACCGGGUCUUUCCACAAGAUCAAUGUGCUUCGUCUGGGAAGAAGCGAUGCAAUCAACGCCGCCGUCCGAGACGUCACUCUCGAUGAGCUGGUCAAGAAGAAGCUCGAAGGAGACACUACGCAGAACAAAGCCAAGGAGGAACGCGACAAGAUGCACAAUGACGCGGCCAAAAUCAGAGACGAACUGGCGGAGCUUCGACCCAAACUGGACGAGGCGCGCAAAAACGGCGACCGCAAUCUUUCGCAAGCCUUGCAGCGAGCUUUCGAUCAGUUGAGGCGUGCUCAGAUUAACAUUGGAGCCAAGAUUGACGAUGACAAGACGAGCGGCAACACAGUCAGUCGUGAAGCAGAGAUUCGACGCCGGCAAAUCCAGCAAGAGAUUCUUGAUGGAGCUCAGGUUCUCUGCGCCACGCUCAGCGGUAGUGGUCACGAGAUGUUCAAGAACCUCAACGUCGAGUUCGAGACGGUCAUCAUCGACGAGGCAGCGCAGUGUGUUGAGCUCAGCGCCCUGAUUCCGUUGAAGUACGGUUGCACCAAGUGUAUCCUCGUCGGUGACCCGAAGCAGUUGCCACCCACUGUGCUUUCUCAAUCCGCCGCUAGAUUUGGAUACGACCAGAGUCUGUUCGUCCGAAUGCAGCAAAAUCAUCCCGACUAUGUCCAUCUUCUCGACCGCCAAUACCGCAUGCACCCCGAGAUCAGCUUAUUCCCCAGCUUGGAAUUCUACGAAGGCAAGCUUGUGGACGGAGAAGAUAUGAGCGCACUCCGUCGCCAGCCUUGGCACGCAAGUGCCCUCCUUGGCCCCUACCGAUUCUUCGAUGUCGAGGGUACCCAGUCGAAGGGCAGCAAGGGUCGCUCUCUGGUCAACCACUCCGAGUUGAAGGUUGCCAUGCAGCUUUACGAGCGAUUCAAGACGGAUUUCGGACGAAACUACGACGUGCGCGGCAAGAUUGGUAUCAUUACGCCGUAUAAAGCUCAAUUGCAAGAGCUGAAGUGGCAGUUCGCGCGUCGUUACGGAGAGUCGAUUACCGAGGACAUCGAGUUCAACACCACGGAUGCCUUCCAGGGUCGAGAGUGCGAGAUUAUCAUCUUCUCUUGCGUCCGAGCUGAUCCUACCGGCGGUAUUGGUUUCGUCAAGGACAUUAGACGUAUGAACGUCGGUCUCACCCGUGCUAAAUCCUCUCUGUGGAUUCUGGGAGAUUCUAGAGCCCUGGUGCAGGGAGAGUUUUGGAAUAAGCUCAUCGACAACGCCAAGCAAAGAUCACUCUACACCAAAGGAGAUGUCAUGUCAAUGCUGCAGAAGCCUAGCGUUCUACAGGCGCUGCCCCCGUCGCCGCCGAAACCCGCGCAGAAGAAUGACUUUGAUGCUGAGAUAGUGGACCAGCUUCAGCUCAAAGACGUUGACAUGGCAGAUAUGGCGCCCACGGAGCAGCCCCGAAAGCCGUCUCAGCCGGCCCAGCAACCACCGACAAACUACCCUGUCCCGGAGCGUCGACCAGGCUCCUGGGAGGGAAACAACCGAGGCGACGCACACCAUUCUGCCGCUCGAAACUCGGAUCGGCCACCAAUUAUCCAAUCAUCUACGGCGAAGCAAGAGUCCAAGAAGAGACCAUCUGAUGCCAAUGAAGGACAGCGUGGCGCAAAGAGGAUGGCGACCGAACAGAACCGGCUGCCCAACAGACCGCCACCGACGGGACCCAAAGCCAUGAUCCAGGCCAAGGAGCCGAAGGCACCGAAGCCGGCGAAGGACCCUUCUGCCAUGGUAGCCCUCGGUCUGACACCAGCUGCACGACCGCCGGCGAUGGAGACGACGGUAUCGUCUUCGAGGACGUUGCCUACCAACUCUUCACUUCCGCAGAACCGUAAUUUGCCACAGAGACCUCCUGGACAGGGUGGACCAAACGGACCAGUCAUCCACAGGAAGAAGCAGAAGGCCGAUCCCUUCAUUCAGAGAAAGCCUCACAAACGUUAGGCCAACCUACCGGAAUUGCGACGCGACGAUGCUUUUUCCAUUUUUUGUUAGAGUAGACUCGAUACAGCGCCUGGAUUGGGCACAACAAGGGUUUUUGCAUCACGGAGACAAGGGACAUAUGAGCUCCUGGCGUUUACAGGUUUCUUGAAGCAAGGGGAAACAUUGGGCAUCAUCUUGUGACGGCAACAAGGUUUGCUUGCCUCUCGGGAAUUCUAUCUUUUGGUCUGGCCGUAAGAGAAAGAAAAGUUCUUUGGCACGGACGUUUGGCCCCUCGGGGCAAGGAUGCAUUAGGGGAAAGCUAGGAAGCAGCUAGGAAAAGCAGCUUUGGGGGGGGGGGGAAGGCGAGGCGAGCCCUGGUAACUGGCAUCAGGUUUAGGUAGUCUAAACAAUGAUGUGCCGUCCGUAUAAGGCACAUGUAUCAUUCAACGCGCGUGCCUCUUAACUAUGUUGGGAAUAAAAGAGGCAGGAAAGUGACAUGGCAUCAUAUCGUGUUGAGUGUACGGAACUUGCCAACUUGGUGAGGCGGCCACUUAUGCAGGGGCCGGGGAUAGUAUCCCGCUCUCCCGUAGUUUGGCUCCUAAAAAAAUUCUGUUCUUCACAAGUGUCGGCGGGAUGACGACGGCGUGUGUACGGUAUGUGAUCGCGCACGCGAGUUCGUUAGAAAACUCUUGAGAAAAGAUUGUCACGGUAAAGGGAUAAGAGGAAACCAGCAGAGGGCUUACCGGCUCACCGAGUCUCUUAGAUGGAACGUUAGCUAUUAUCUUAGUCAUUUACAUGGAUUUCAGUCUUUUUUUUCUUCUUUUCAAUUGAGUCACUUCCAUCACGGCAUCUCGAAGGCAAAACUAAUACCUUACUCCAGAGUCCCGUACGGAGCAGGCUCCUGUUGGAACCCAAGACAUGGCAGGGGGGUCGUAGAGGCGACGGCGCGUGGCGCCUUCUGGGGGGGAUUCAGGUUAGAUCAAGGAAAAAAAGGCGUCGUCGCGCUUUUCGCGUCGCGUGUGUUCGGGUGGCUUGGACACUUUUAGAAACAGCGAAAGUGAUGAUGAUUGGGGAGGGUAUGUGAUGUAUUGGAGAGGAGAGGAGAGAAAAGAGCUAGUGAGCAAGCGUGGUUUAAGUGUAAGCAGGGUAGAGAGAGAGAGAGAGAGAGAGGCGAACUUGGAGGAGAGCCUAGACUGUGAAGAAGAAGAAAAAUUUAAACUUGCUAGCUGCUAGGCCGUCCUCGCGUUUACAAGCCUCGCCGUUUUGGCGUUUUGUAUUCCCUUUUUGAAGGUUUUGUGUUUUCGAGAAGGAGGAGGAGGAGGUUGGGGGAAUGGAG